AUGACGAUAGAAUUCCGACGUCUUGAUUUGUAUGUCGUCUUUCGCUGGGCGUGGAGCAAAAGCCUUGACGCGAAUCUUUCACGAAAAUGUUACUCCGAAGUACCAUGGACGAAGACCAGAAAAGCCACAUCCGUCUGCAUGUCAAGAAGCCGAUUGAUAGAUGGACUGCUUACCACAGCUGGCAGGUGCCGCUCCGCUCCGCUGAAGGGGAAGGGCUGGACGCAUCGCGUCGCCGGAAAACCUGGAAGAAAAUGGAUGGCCCGUGAGGUCAGUGUACGGAUUAUUUCCGAACAGAUGGAGCAACUCUAUGCGUCGUUACGUAGAGCCUGGCACCUGGCACCUGGCACCUGGACGGUGGCCCUGCGAGAUGUCAUUAUGAUAGCAGACUAUUUUCGUCGAGAGUGA